AGGACAUUUUGAAGUUGAACGGUCGGUUGUUUUUUUUGUUGUCUGGAGAGAACUGGGUGUUGAACUUGAUAUAUACAUAUAUUAAUCGGGUUUAUAUAGCCAGAAACGAUCGACCAUGUAUGGAACAGAAUCAGAUAAUGGAAAUUGGGACCACAUGCUGGAUGGAACCAUAGAAAGUCUCUUCAAUAAUGCAAACGCAGAGGACGAGCAUGGAGAACUUGAGAAACUCGAUAACCAGCACCAGCUGCUGCCAACUUCAUCGUCCAUGUUGGCUGGUAAAAAGUGGCUGGAGGCUGAUGAAAUACAGACGAUGAACCAGCUAGUGACCUCAAUGUCAGCUGCACUUGAUGAAAUGGAGUGGGACAGAAGGAAGUGUAAAUCAUCUCUAGGUGACUGCCUUCACCACUUUGAGAAGCUGAAAUCUGGAUCUUCUCUUUGGAUGUGUCGACUUGAUUGGCUGCAUCAGGCAAUCACUCACGAUCCUGAUAUGGUCAAAAUGGGGAGGAGCAAUGAUGAAGGAGACCUGCAUAAGAUGAACAAGUCCCAGCAGAUGAUUCGCCCAGAAAAACGUGGAGACGUUGACCGAGGGGAAGGAGACUCUUCGUCGCUGCUCUUGGCAACAUUUCAAGGACCCGACGACGGCGAGAUUCUGAGCCGGAUUGAUCUUUUAAAGAGGAACGCCGUCUCUUUUUCUAGCGGCAACCAGCCGCAGAGAGACGAGGCCCAGCAGCAGCAGCCCAGUCUUCUCUUCUCCUCUUCUCGGAUGGUGACGAUGAGCCCACCAACAACGCCCGGUAUGAGUCGAAACGGUCACUAAUAUUACUGCUGCUUCGGUUGCAAGACGAGGAGGGAGGAGGAAAAGAAAAAAAAAAGUGGAUGAAAAUCGAGCCAAGUUGCUAUGCUGCUGCUGCUGCUGCUGCUUGCCACUAUCCCGUCAAGUCAAAUUGCCAGAAACGCUUGAAGCGACGUCGCCGCUGGAAACGGACAAGGGAUAAGCUAUAGUAACCGGUGUACCAAACAAGCAAAUAGCAACCGACGACCCAGGAGCGACAAAAACUGAAAAUGAAAAAGAA